UUUAACAAGCAGAAGUAAAAGAAUGAAUGAGUCAUUAUGUCAAAUUCAGGACCUAGAAGAAGAGUAGAGUAGCAAUUAAGUAUUUGUCUGUCUGCUAAUGCCACCAAGAUUACAUUUUUUUUUUUACUUCUUCUAGCAUAUUUUGAAACUUUACAUUGUUAAUUUGGGUGUGUUUUUGUUUCAUUUAUGCGUAUCAACUCCAAAAGUUGGCUUGUAACUGAUCUGUUCAGAUAAUGCAUUUUAGGCUCUCUGACUGUCAGGUAAUCCUUGAAGAAGUGCUGCAAAAGCUUGAAUGGGUUGCACACUGCUCCGAUAGUGUCCGGGUGACUGCAUAAGGAGUAUUAGUGUCGUGAUUGAGUUCCACCUUUGGAAAAGUGAUAUGUGAAGUUUUCUCAUUAGCUGCCUAUCCCAAAAGCUUCACAGCCCAAACUGCACUUCCUUUGGUCUUCAGCAAUACACCUGCAAAGUUUGAGGUCAACGCGUUAAGUGGUAGUCAGGAAAAUCAAAAGGCAGACAUACAGUUUCCUACAUUAGUUUAGUUAGUUUUUAGCAAUAAGACAGGUUUUCUUGUGGAUAACAAAUCAGAUUGUAUAGAAAACAGUUAUUCAAAUAGCCUAUAUUUUAAUGCUGUUUGGCAAUAACAGGGAUACAAUUUCAUACAAACAUUUUUUUGCCAAGAUCAAUUAUGGAGAUAUUUAUCUGAAUAUAUCUCAUGAGUGGUGGCAUAUAAAUUCAUAUUUAACGAACAGAGCUGGCAUAGCCGUCAACAUGGCUUGAUGCAGGUCUUCAGGUUUUCUAUUCCAUCUCUCUGUCUUUUGGUGGACGCAUCUCCUCCUCCAGCUACAACUCAGUGCAGUAAGUUUGUCAUCUUUUUUUUUGUCCAAAUGCAUUUUAAAAAAAGAGAAGAAUAAUAGAUGUGACUGAUGAAUAUGAUGCCAACGUUAUUGCAAAGCUUUUGAUGACUACUUCUGAUAAGAAAUUCCAUAAUGUUUUUAAAUGUAGUGUAAGUGGUGUUUGAUUAUUAUUGUCAACUGAAAUAACUCAAACUGUGUGUAAAUAGCCAUAAUGUAAACUGUAUCAGACAUUAAGUGUACAAUCACAGUUUUACACCCUGGGUUCCCUAUUUAUGUUGCUUUGUGUUACAAUCAACUGCCUUCUUUUAUCAGCAUCAUAUAAUACCACUCUACACAAGGGCUUUUUAUUAAACAAACAAGCCACAUUGUUCCCAAAGCUUCAAGAGCCAACAAGAAAAAUAAGGCUGAUAAAGCAAAAGUCCCCCCCCCUUUCCUGAAACAAACAGGUACUGUAACAAGUCACCAGCCUCUCUUUAGAACAAGUAGAGGGAACGGUCAGACAAAGCAGAUUUGCGUUUGCCUCACAAAAAAUAUACCAAAAUAACAAGGAACAAACAGGUGAUGGAUAGAGAAGCUGGAAGUGCUGAGCAGAAAGAGAUCACUGAGAGGCCAAAAUGGGACAAUAAAGCUCAAUAUUUGCUAAGCUGCAUAGGUUUUGCUGUGGGACUUGGUAAUGUGUGGAGGUUUCCCUAUUUGUGUCAAACCUACGGUGGAGGAGCAUUUCUGAUUCCUUAUGCCAUUGCCUUGGUGUUUGAGGGACUUCCUCUGUUGCACAUGGAGCUGGCCAUCGGACAACGACUCCGCAUGGGAAGCGUUGGAGUCUGGAACUCAAUGUCCCCAUUUAUGGGAGGUUUAGGUGUGGCUUCCUUGGUGGUAUCCUUCCUAGUUGGUCUGUUCUACAACAUGAUCUUGGCCUGGAUCCUCUGGUACUUCUUCCACUCAUUUCAAAGUCCACUUCCAUGGAGUUACUGCCCAUUAAACAUGAAUCAUACUGGGUAUGUAGCUGAAUGUGAACAGAGCUCACCAGUGAACUACUUUUGGUAUCGUGAAACACUGAACAUUACACCAGACAUCGAGAGCAGUGGCUCUUUACAGUGGUGGCUCGUGUUGUGUCUUGCAUCUGCUUGGUGCCUCGUGUACAUCUGCUUCAUACGUGGAAUUGAGACUAUUGGAAAGGCGAUUUAUGUCACGGUCACUUUUCCAUAUCUUGUUCUGACCAUCUUCUUGGUUAGAGCCUUGACUCUGUCUGGAGCAAGUGAUGGCCUAAUAUAUCUCUUCACUCCAAAUUGGGAAACCCUUAAGAAUCCUCAGGUCUGGUUGGAUGCUGCUACUCAGAUUUUUUUCUCUUUGUCUUUGGCCUUUGGUGGACUUAUUGCGUUUUCCAGCUAUAACCCUCAGAAGAAUAAUUGCGAGAGAGAUGCCCUAAUCGUUGGAUGUGUGAACAGUUUUACAUCGAUAUAUGCAUCAAUUCCUAUUUUUGCCAUUCUUGGAUUUAAAGCAAAUGAAAACUAUAAUGACUGCAGAAAUUGGAACAUACUCAAAUUGACAAAUGCUUUUAACAUUGGGGAUGAAAACAUAACUCUUGAAAACUACAAUCACUGGUUUAACCAUCUUAACGCAACUGAUCCCUUGGAGGUAGAAAGCCUCAGUCUAAAAACCUGCGAUCUGCAGACUUUCCUGGACGAGAGCGCCUCUGGAACUGGACUGGCCUUCAUUGUGUUCACUGAGGCGGUGAUACAGAUGCCAGGCUCCCAGGUAUGGGCAGUGCUAUUCUUUGUAAUGCUCUUCAGCCUGGGCCUGUCCUCCAUGUUUGGAAAUCUAGAGGGGGUCCUUACUCCUCUGCUGGACCUGCACAUGAUUCCACCCUGGAUUCCUAAGGAGAUUUUCACAGGGUUAAUUUGUCUUACCUCCUUUACUGUGGCUCUCAUCUUUACUUUGGGAUCUGGAAACUACUGGCUGGAGAUUUUCAACAGCUUUGUUGGAUCCAUGCCUCUGCUCAUCAUAGCUUUCUUUGAGAUCAUCAGUGUGGUAUACAUCUAUGGAAUAAAUAGGUUUAAUGACGACAUUGAAUGGAUGACAGGCCGGAGGCCAAACAUCUACUGGCAGGCUACGUGGCGCUUUAUCAGCCCUUUUAUGCUACUGGUGGUUUUCCUCGCGUAUGUUGUAAUUGAGGCUGAAAAACAACCAACAUACAAUGCCUGGAACCCAGAUUUUGUAAACUUCCCCCUUGCUGAUGUUCUGCACUAUCCUGAAUGGGUUUCUACUAUUUGUGUGCUCUUAUCUGUUCUUCCUGUCAUAUCCAUUCCUCUUGUGGCUCUCUACAGAUUCCUCAGCUUCUUGAAGAAUUACAUCAUGAACAGGCACAAUCAAAACCCAUAUGAACAUUAAUUCUGUUGUGGAGAGUUGUAAAUCAAAAUUUUAAAAUGUGGUUGUUCUAUUAGACAUGUGUUCAGCUCUAUCAUUAGUACAUAUGAGGCAUUUCAUCAUUUAUUAACCUUUUAUUGUUAAUACUUCAAUAUAUAUAUAUUUGAAAAGUAUCUUUGUAUAGUAUGAUAUUGUGAGAUUCUAAUUUCAUUACAGUUUAAAUACAUUAUUAGUACUAAAGUGCAUUGCCAGUAGCAGCUAUAAUUUCAGUUUAUUUGCAAAAUUUAAAAAAUAUUUUUUUCAUAAUUUACGCAAGUGCCUUUAUAUUGGGGAAGGCAAUGCAAACACUGUCAGCCAGAUCAAAUCAAGGCAGGACAAUAUCUUUGAGAAAAAUAUUAGCUUAUUACCAAAGGCUGGAGCUGAAUAUCAGAUUUGUGCUUAUAUUUGAUUAAAGGAAGACAACAGUUAA